CUUUCUUCACCAGAACGAUUUCUCUGGCUGUUAGCUACUUGAUCUCUUGUUUGCGCAACACAAUCACUUUUUUUUUUUUUAAAGCGACAGGGUGUCUAGACACCCACGUGACGGGGCGCGCCAAUGCGCACUGGAGACACAGCUAAGAGCAAAGACAGUGAGGGAGAGAGAUAGCGAGCGAGAGACGGCAAGGCGCUUGGGCAAUUCACGUCACUCUCAGACCUCUCCUGAAGAUCGCAUCACCUCGUUGCAGACGUACAACUUGCUGUUUUUUCCCAGGCACGGAAACUUCAGCAAGAAGAGGUCGGAUAAGACUCAAAACAAGGACAUAUAAAACAUGCAAUACUCGUGAAAAGGACAAAAUCGAAAAGGUCUGCACAGUAUCCCAUUGGAAACGCGAGUGUUCGGUUCGGGCAGAUUAUUGUUGCAGCAGUUCUCCUGGUCAGUUUUUUUGCUGGAGCGUUAUGGAUCUGUUUGGAAAGAACCUCGUAGUUUCUUCAAAAUAUUAGAUCAAAUGCAAGCCGAUGAUAACAAGACGGGCGGACGGAUAUAAUAUUUGGAAGAAGACGAGGAAGAACACACAGACAAGACAGCAGCCUUUGUUAGACCGGUUAUAUUUGCAAUCGGAUCAAGGAUUGUGUGGAUUACAUUUAAGAAAACCAGGACGAGUUUGGCUUUGAAUGGAUAUAUAUUCUGUCUGCGUUUUUCCAGUACUUUCCUUAACAGAUUUUUACCAACGUUUACUGUAUGUUAUAGUUUAUUAUACGUAAAUAAUAGUAUAGUAUAGCAAUGUUUAUUUCAAACCAUUCUGUAGAAACAGCAUGAAUGAAUGUAGCGCUCAUUGUAGAUAGUUAUAAUUAGCUAUAAAAAUACCAGUCCCGGAGUCUAAUGUGUUCCUUACACCGUAUGCUGCUGUUGCCUUUAAUUAUAUUUUACACGUACACAUUUCAUUUAGCUGAAUAUUAAGCAUCUGAAAGCUAUCUGUUUACCCUCUGUUUGAUUAUUUCUGUUGCUACCCCCAAAAUAUAGCUGCGUCUAAUGUGAACGUGAAUUACUCCUAAAGGACGCGUUUUAAUCGAUUCUUUCCGUUUUGUGGGAUUUAGUUCUAAAAUAAAAGACUGGCGUAUGCUAGAGAUUGUGUUUGCUGCUCCAAUCCCCAGUUUUUCCGUACCAUUAUUUCAGGCUGCUUGUCAUUGCCUGGACUCGGAUCCCGGAUUCUUCAUGAUUUGCGGACAUCAUGCUCGUUUUUUAGCCGGGAAACCCUCUUUUCGUCCCGCAUGUUCAGGACCAAACGAUCGGGGCUCGUCCGGCGACUCUGGAGGAGCCGUGCGCCCGUCGAGGGCGACGGGGAGGCGGAUACUCGAACGCAUGGAUCCGGGGGCUGCUGCAUGGGGAAAUCGACUAAGGUUUCCAAAUCUAACCCUGGAACGGAGGCUGAAUUGAAAGCACUGACCCAUUCGAUACUGAAAAAAAUCAAAGAGAAACAAUUAGAGGCGCUUUUGCAAGCGGUGGAGUCGAAGGGGGGUGCCAGGACUCCCUGUCUUCUUCUUCCGAGCAAAGUGGACUCCAAAUUGGGUCAGCACUCUUAUUCCCUCCCUCUGCUGCUCUACAAAGUGUUCAGGUGGCCGGAUCUCAGGCAUUCCUCGGAAUUAAAGAGGCUAUCUUGCUGUGAAUCCUAUGGGAAAAUCAACCCAGAACUUGUUUGCUGCAAUCCGCACCACAUGAGCAGACUUUGUGAAUUAGAGUCCCCCCCCCCUCCUUACUCCCGAUACCCCAUGGACUUUCUUAAACCACCUGAUUCUCCAGACUCCGUGCCUUCUUCCACUGAAACUGGGGGAACUAACUACUCGGCCCCUGUGGGGCUCUCAGAUUCCCAAGCUCUCCAGGAUUCAGGGGAGCGAGCACACUGGUGUGUGGUGGCGUACUGGGAGGAGAAGACGCGCGUGGGACGCCUCUACUCGGUCCAGGAGCCCUCCCUGGACAUCUUCUACGACCUACCUCAGGGGAACGGCUUCUGCCUCGGGCAGCUCAGCUCCGACAACAAGAGCCAGCUGGUGCAGAUGGUCCGCAGCAAGAUCGGCUACGGCAUCCAGCUGACGCGCGAGCGGGACGGGGUGUGGGUGUACAACCGCAGCUGCUACCCCAUCUUCAUCAAGUCGGCCACACUGGACAAUCCCGACUCGCGGACGCUGCUCGUGCACAAGGUGUUCCCCGGAUUCUCCAUCAAGGCCUUCGACUACCAGAAGGCCAACAGCCUGCAGCGGCCCAAUGACCACGAGUUCACGCAGCAGCCCCGGACUGGCUUCACUGUACAGAUCAGCUUCGUCAAGGGCUGGGGUCAAUGCUACACCAGACAGUUCAUAAGUAGCUGCCCCUGCUGGCUAGAAGUUAUCUUCAAUAACCGAUAGCAGCAGACCUUCCUCCUCCAGGGACUUGGACUAACCCCUGUUUUUGUAUGGUUGGUUUUCGAGAGAGGGGGUUCAAAAAGAAGAAGUAAGAAAAAAAAAAGACAAACCCAAUCACCUGUUUAAUAAAUGACUAAGAUUUAACUAAGUGAAACAAAAAAUGAAAUUGUAUUUUAUGUUAUAUAUAUAAAUAUAUUAUUACUUGUAAAUAUGAAGACGUUUUAUAUGCAUCAUUAUUUAUGUAUUGUGCAAUGUGUUGAUGAGAAAAAGAAAAUAAGAUGCACUUUGCCUAAUAUAAAUGCAAACAAAGAAAUGCCAAAAUUAAAAAAUAAUACUAAAAGAAACACAGGAUUGGUGUUUUUUCUAUCGGUCCUGGCA